CGCUAAAUACGAAAAUCGGGGCUCUCGAUUCUACUCCGCUCUCGCUUUUCUCCUCUCUCUCUCUCUGUGGAUCUCUCACGCACCCUCGUCGUUGAUCGCGGGGACUUGGGGUUCUCCACCCCGGAUCUCGACUACUCCGUGGAGAAUUCGAAACCCUAGAAGCCCAAUCGAAGUCGAAUCGGCGCAACCAUGGGCAUCCUCUUCACGCGGAUGCUCUCCUCGCUCUUCGGCAAUCGCGAGGCGCGGAUCCUCGUGCUCGGCCUCGACAAUGCCGGGAAAACCACUAUCCUAUAUCGGCUUCAGAUGGGGGAAGUGGUCUCGACAAUCCCGACGAUCGGAUUCAAUGUGGAAACGGUGCAGUAUAACAAUAUAAAGUUUCAGGUUUGGGAUCUAGGUGGGCAAACAAGCAUCAGGCCAUAUUGGAGAUGCUACUUUCCAAAUACUCAGGCUAUAAUAUAUGUUGUUGAUUCAAGUGAUACCGAGAGGCUGGUAACUGCAAAGGAAGAAUUUCAUGCUAUCUUGGAGGAGGAUGAGCUAAAAGGUGCAGUGGUCCUUGUUUAUGCAAACAAGCAGGAUCUCCCUGGUGCACUUGAUGAUGCUGCCAUUACUGAAUCUUUGGAACUUCACAAGAUCAAAAAUCGUCAGUGGGCUAUUUUCAAAACUUCUGCUAUAAAAGGAGAGGGUCUUUUUGAAGGCUUGGAUUGGCUUAGUAACACACUCAAAUCGGGAGGAAGCUAAUUUCUGAAGCGAGAACAAGAACAAUUUAAUUAAACAUGAGGAUUAGUGGGGGGCAUCCCUCUGGUAAUGAUUCAAAAGAGAUGUUUUUUUUUUUCCUUCUCCUCCAUUGAGUUGACUUUAUAAUUCGAUCUCUCUCUCUCUCUCUCUCUCUCUCUCUCUCUCUCUCUCUCUCUGUAGCCACGGGUAUGCCUUCACUCAGCAACUCUACUUGUAAAAUCCUGGUCAAAAGAUAUGAAUACAGCAUUCUAUUAGGUUUUUUACUGUUUAAGGACAACUUGUGUGGGUUUAUUGAACUUGAUGAGGGCUUACACGUUUAUCUGCUCCGUUGAAUUGCUAUUAUGUUUCUGCAACGAUUGCCAUAUUUAUGUAUUUUUUCUCUUAGUUAAAUAAUAUUGUUUUUGUCCUGUAA